GUUUGUGCUUUUUCCAAAAAAUAAGAAAAAGGUCAGUUGACGUAGGAGUUUUAUCUACUCAUCUAACAUUGAAUUGCCUGUGCAAAUAUGCAAACAUAUUUAAAACAUCUACCUGAUGGGCAGAACACUAGUGUGAGCUGUAUAUUGGACUAUGAUUGUGUUCCAAGCAAGUUCUGGUGCCACAUAAUCAUCUCAUACAUUUUGUAAGAUUUAAAUUUAGACAUAGGCACUGAGAAAGUUUUACUUCCCCAGCAGAUAAAUGUGAAAACAUCACUCAGUGUCAAACUCUAUCUAGUGAAGCUCAAACAUCAGAGUCAAGUGACGAUAAGCAAAACAUUUGUGAGUGUUUAAAUCAAGUAUUUUAUCAGCCAAAACCACGUAGUACUUGUCUCACACUGAAAAUAAAAGUUCAAGUCUGUUGUGGAGGUCACUUGCUUUUAAUACCACAUUUUAUCACAGUUUAAAUAUUAUUAGAUGUGAAGGGAUUGUAAGAUCUUUUUGUUCCUGUGUCUUUUAAAUAGACAACAGCAAAACAACAAAAACCAGUUGUUAAAUACUUAUUCACAUCGUUGCAGUUAAAUAUGAAACCAGCAGACUGUUGAACAUGAGCCUCCUCUAACAGCUGCAACUGUUUUAUUGCUCUCAGUUCUUGGCUCUUCAUCAGUGACAAACAUGCACUUAUAGCAAUAUUCAUAAUUCAUUUCAUACAGUGCUCAAGGCCACCUUUCUGUUGAUUCUGCAGAGAAUAUUAUUAAAAAUGUGCAGUGUGUUAAAAAGUACACGGCUCAUCUGCCUUUCCAACACAUCUGUAAACUAAUAUUUUCUCACAGUGAGAGCUCGUGAACAAGUGAUGCGUCACUGCUUCAGCUGUUCAACUCUGUUGCACUGAAUUUAAUGACAUCAUGGUGAAAGUAUGUUUUGGCAGAGCUCUUGCAUAAAUAGGGCGGAUGUUACGGACUACGACUCUCUGGGCUGCAUAUUUCUCUGCAGUGCUCCUCUUGGAGAAUGCUAUCUCACCCGUUCACUGGGAAAUCAUGUAGGAAAGUUUGCGUGCUCUCAUGCAGAAAAGGGGCUCGGACAGAGCUGAAAAAUGCCCACAGGUCAUAAUUCCUCAACUGUGGCCAUCAUGCUCCAGAUGUGUGUGAUGCUUUGUUUGCUGUCAGUGGUCGUCUCACAGUCAACAAAUUCCUCAUCCAAAAAAGGUCGUAAUAUCACCAUCCACUCCUCCCAGCUGGUCUGCAGCCUCCCGGGCCCUGCAGGGCCUGCGGGGAUCCCUGGAGCCCCUGGAUCACAGGGGGCCAUGGGCCCCAUGGGGCCCCCAGGGACGGAUGGCCCUGAUGGGAAGGAUGGAGAGAAAGGAGAAAAAGGAGACAGAGGUGAUCCAGGGAGACCCGGGAACUCAGGAAAGCCAGGUGUGAAAGGUCGUGAAGGGUUCAUAGGAAAGGCUGGACCUCGGGGGCUGAAGGGGCUGCGAGGAGCACCAGGAGUGGCUGGAAAACGAGGACAAAAAGGAGAGCUGGGUGACAUGGGCCAGCAAGGAGCUCCUGGCGGCUGCAACUGUGGCAGUACAGCCCGAUCUGCCUUCUCUGUGGCUGUGACAAAGAGCUAUCCUAAAGAGCGAAUGCCCAUCCGCUUCAGCCGGAUCCUGCUGAAUGAGGGGAACCACUACAAUACCAGCAGUGGGAAGUUCGUCUGUGCUAUCCCAGGGGUCUAUUACUUCACCUACGAUAUCACACUGGCCAAUAAGCACCUGGCCAUCGGGCUGGUGCACAAUGGACAGUACAAGAUCAAGACAUUUGAUGCCAACACAGGGAACCAUGAUGUGGCAUCUGGUUCUACGGUUCUCCAGCUGCACCAGUCAGAUCAAGUCUGGCUGCAGAUCUUCUACUCUGAGCAGAAUGGACUCUUCUUCGACCCUUUCUGGACAGACAGCACUUUUACUGGCUUUCUUAUCUACGCUGACCAGGACUUUCUCAAUGAGGCUGAUAAAAAAGCAAAUGCUCAGGCAGACAGUUAAUGCUGCAGUCCUGAAAAAAAACUUGUUUUGUUUCUUUCACUGAUUUUAAUUCACACUAAAAUGAGAGCUCCCUUCGACUUCAGGCAAUUUCAGAUAUUUAACAAGUUCUGACAGCAGGGGGAGCACAAGAACAGAAACUAAAUGCUGGAAAGUCACUCAAAAGGGCUUCAAUAUUGAAUAAAUGUAUUUUCACAAAAUAUUUUAAACACUGACCCCAAAAGCAGCUUUCUUAAUUUCAUUUCUUUGUGUUUUUAAUGAUGUCACAGGAGGUGGUCUUAUGUGAUGCACAACACAAUUUGAGCUAAAAUCAAUGCACUAAUGUGAUGUUACUUUUACUGAUGCAAACAUUAUCGCAUUACUUAAUCAGAGUCUCUCUAUAGGUGACAGAUUUGACUCGAUUCUUGUACGUUUUCAGUGCAUUUUAAAUUCACCAUCACUUUAUUCAGUAGAAUUCAAGGCAAUAGGAGGCUGAGGAAAGAAAGGACAAUCACAGCUGCAAACCGUCUCCUGUGCUGUUCUGUUAAUGUGUAUGGAUCUUGUGUAUUUUUCACUUUCAGUCUCUGUUUUAUACUACCUCAUUGCCUCAUCUCAAACUAAUUUUUUUUUUCUUGGCAGAGUUCGUACUCAACUGUGUCUGUGAACUUAAUGGUCAAUAACAUUACACAUGGAGCUAAUUAAUCAGACUUAAUCUACAGCAGUAGUGGAAGAACUAUUCCUUUUUUUUGCUUUAAUUAAACUCACACUUUAAGCAUUGCAAUAUUUUAUUACAAGUAAAAGUCCUGGAGGUGGAGGUCAUUUCAGCUGUUUAAUUCAUAUUUUGUAAGUUUGGCUUUUAUUUGGUUUGUCACAUCUAUAAAGUAACGAGAAACUGAGACGCUCAAAUUUAUUUGGUUGAGUAAAAAAAUGCAAGAGUUCCUUCUAAUAUGUGGGAAAAUAAAGGAUGAAGUGACAUAAAGCAAUGAUCUCAAAAAUGUACUCCCGUGCUCAAAACUUCUACAAAGUUUAAAGGAAAAAUCUGUCCUUGGUGGAACUGCCAACAAAUUAACAGCAUGUGAAAUACAAUAAAAGGUCAAAUGACAAAAAACAUGGAAAAUGUUGGUAUUGUCUAAAGCAGGGGUGUUAAAACUCAAAAACACAGUGGGCCAAAAUGUAAAAAUUGGACGAAAUCGCAGCCCAACAUUGAUAUUUAUUAAAAAAAUCUUCCUCUAAAUAUAACAAUGAACCUUUUCAUUUGGACCCAAACAAGUUUUGCUUAAACACUGAAUAUGGAACAAGCAAAGCGUAAUACUAUACAACAGCGGUCCCCAACCUUUCUUGCGCCACGGACCGGUUUAAUGUCAGACACUAUAUUCACAGACUGGCUUUUAAGGUGUGGCGGAUAAAUACAACAAUAUAAAAUGAUACCACCGGCUAGGGUUGUCACAGUCAGGGAAGAACCUAAACAGAGAGCACAUGGUCGAGGCCGAGGAAGGGUUCAACAUUUUUAUUUGAGGGAAGGGGUGAGGGAGUGCGAGGGAGGUCAGGAGGGGUUCUUGGAGGGUGAGGUGAGGUCAAGAUCAGGGAAGGGGGACGGAGCUAGGGACGGGUGAACAGAGAGGUGUCCGGUCGGGGAAGGCCAGCCAGGGAGGCCCAGAGGUCCAUCCAGGAAGGCCCGGAGAUCUGGUUAGGGAGAUUCAGAGGUCCGGCCAAGGGGGUCCGGCGGUCCAGCCAAGGGGGGUCCAGUCAGGGGUCAAGCUUCCAGUCCGGGAAGUCUGGUCAGGGAGGGCCGGAGGUCCGGCCAGGGGAGGCCAGAUGGGAGACACGAAGCAGGAGG